UGCAACUUUUCCUUUUCAAAAAAUGUAUAAAAAAGUUUACACUCUCGCCAGGCAGUCAGACAGGCAUGAUCAAAUAAGUAGAAAGUCAGAAGACCAUUUCUAUUCACUUUUUUAUUUUUAUAAAAAUUUAUCAUCGCUUUUAUUCAUUUGUUUUCUCCUGCUCUCAUCUGCAACUUCACAUUUGCAUUGCGCAAAUUCGACAAAAUGGGAAAGAUAGCGCGAUUCGGACUCUUUCGAAGCGCGAACAGCAGCAACGUUAAUGCCCUCGACAACGACAGCAACAGCAACAGCGACAACAGCAACGACAGUGAGAACAAUGUAGCAGUCAAGAAAGAAGCGUCGCGCAAUGCAUUUGGCAGCGAUAGCAACCAGGGCUCGGCGAGCAGCAUGUUUGUGGCCAAAGGUGCGCCCAUCAUAUUAUCCUCAGUUACCGCAGCAACCAGCUGGUCUACACAUGACAAGACUGAGCCGAUAAUGGCUUUGCCCACAUUGACACCUGCACACUCUAGUACUUUGUGCAGGGCAGUUCCCGCAGGCGAUGGCUGGGGCGGUGACUUUGAGCCUCGCAGCAAACGCGUGUGCACAAGGCAAAUUACUUCGCCCAAGCACACGCCUGCGCUGACACGCAGCGAAUUUCCUGCAACAGAACACAAGGCUCUGAAAUUAGCCGUUCCUGUUGGCAUAGCCUGUGAAUCUAGCAGAGAAACCCGCGACAUGGGUGCUAUUGCGAGCUACCAACCGCGGUCAAAAGAAGCACGACCAUUGAGGGCGGGCGCGGCAGAGGAGGAUAGCGUGUCCAGCGAAGGAGAGUCUGACGAAAUCAAGGGCGUUAUUGAAGGCAUGCUGGCCAGCGCAAUACACAGACAGGGCAGCGAUGCGCAGAUGCGGGUGCUCUGGGACGUGUACGAGCACAACCGCAAGCUGCACAGAAAGUACACCAGGCUCGCAGAGAGAGCGGCUGAUGAGAUGCACCACGCGGCAAAGGCGAUGUUCCAGCUGUUUGGAACCCAGCUUGACGUCGAUCGCCCCGAGGCGCAGCAGCGCGACUAUCACUAUGAUCGACAUGGGGGAGCAGACAGUCGUUCAAUAAGCCCCAGCGACGCAGUGGCCGCAGGCCCCGCCCAAAAGAUGCCACCACGCAGAAUCGUGGCUUAUGAGCCGCAGGCCGGCCCAAACAGUUAUUUUGGAGACGACAACGACGAUGAGGAUGAUGAGGAUGACGAAGACAUUGUUGAGGAGGUUGUGCAGCACGACAAAAUGGUACCGCAUUUGGCAAGGCGGGCGCACACAACUGCGCUUGGCGCACGUAGUCCACUAAACGCAUGUGCCGAUCGGCCCCGCAGGCGCUCUGACGCGCCUGAGGCCGACGCCGACGCCGGGUCUCUGCGGUGCCUUCGAAGCAGGGAUACUUGCAUUGCGGGCGAAGACACUGUUUCGGGGAUUAUGUCGCGCGAGAGCGCCAUUCGCCCGUACCAAUUCGCAACAACCUUGCAUCCGGCGUUCAAGCUGAAGCCCAGGGAGGCAUUCCCGUGCUCGUUUAAGGGCUUGCCCCAGCAGAUGGUUGUUGCGUAUGGCAUGGAUAGAUCGGUGAUGUUCUGGAACCCGCAAACUCGCAUGUUGGAGAAAAGGAUUGGCGAGGACCAGCUUGAGAUGGAUUUUGUCGAGCACAUGGCGCAGCUGUCGCCGUCGCUUUUGGCACUGGUCAGUGGAAUGCGCAAGCCAGCGAUCACUGACUUCCCGGCGGGCAAGAUCUCACUCUUGGCUCUGGCGCGGCAACCACGCCAGGGCUCGCUCAACAUUCGUUCUGUGCAACGCUGGUGCGACGACUCGCCGCACGAUAGCCCAGUGUCCGUUGUCCAGGGGUUGCCUGGCGCUGACACGGGCCACCACAGCCGCGCAUUUAUGCUCAGCGGUGGCUCCAACGACAAGAGCGUCUUUUUGCGGUCGCUUGAAGUAACUGACGGUCACGCUGCAAGGACCCUAGGGUCGCUGAGAAUGAAAAGUAACUUGAAGUCGCGCGUGUCAGCCCUGUGUUAUGAGAGCACGCGGGCCUACGUCAUAUCUGGCUCCGAGACUGGCCGCAUCUGCAUCAACGACGCCUCCAGCGGAAACCUCGUGUAUGAGCAUGAGACGCGCCUGAACAGCUCUGUUGGCUGCAUAUCCAUCUGCCCUACCAACAGGAACUUGAUGAUGGUCAGCUGCGGCACCAGCGGCGAGCAGAUACAGGUUUUAGAUGUCCGUCAGUGUCUAGCCAAGAUGCCGCCGGUGCUGGUGCUAGGAACAUAUUCGCGGUACACCCGCCCUGCGUGGCACCCGGAUGGCGGACUGGUAUUUUGCCCAUUCCGCCGCUCUCAACUCGAAGAUUCGGGAGGCGACAUUGUGGCCAUUUGGGACACUCGCUAUGUGAGGUGUUCUCGGGAAGCCAGCCAGAUAUACCGCCCCCACAAAUCCGCCGUCAGCUCGGUAGCCUUUGGCAACGGCGCGCCAAUAAUGGUGACCACCUGCGUAGACCAUGACAUUGGCUUCACAGACUUCAAGGUUUAGCAUAUGUAGUGUCUAUCAGCAUGCAGAGAGAUGUGUUGUGGCGCUUUCCGACUGUAAUUUAAAAAUAAGCAAAAUAAAAUAAACAAAAAAUAAACACGGCC